GCAGAGCAACCCGGAAGCCGUGGCUGGAACAGUGGGGAGUACUUCCGGGUAUCAGUGAGGUGACCCCUGCCGCUCCAGGGAUCUGCGGCAAAGCGGCUAUGGGAGCUCACCUGGCCCGGCGCUACCUGGGCGAUGCCUCGGUGGAGCCCGAUCCCUUGCGGAUGCCCACGUUCUCGCCUGAUUAUGGCUUCCCCGACCGCAAGGAGCGCGUGAUGGUGGCCACGCAGCAGGAGAUGAACGAUGCGCAGCUGACACUGGAGCAGCGGGACUACUGCGCGCACCACCUCAUUCGGCUGCUUAAGUGCAAGCGCGACAGCUUCCCCAACUUCCUGGCCUGCAAGCACGAGCAGCACGCCUGGGACCACUGCGAGCACCUCGACUACGUGAUGCGCAUGAAGGAGUUCGAGCGUGAGCGCCGGCUGCUGCAGCGGAAGAAGCGGCGGGAGCAGAGGGAGGCCAUGGUGGCCCAAGGCCACAGAGUCGGGGAGGUGGCGCCCGAGAUGGCCCUAUAGAACCCCCAUCCUGUCUGUGAGCCUGUUGAAAAUAAAUGCCUCCAGGCCCCCUUUCCUGAGCCCCUCCUCUCGCUUUCCA